AUGAGGAAGGCCGCGUCUGGGUCGGACUCGUUCGUCGUCACGCGUCGCCAGGCGUUCGCAUGCGUCGCCGUCCUCUUCGCCACGAUGCUCUCCCUCUCCGCGAUCUCGCACCGCCUUGGCCACACCUCCGGGUUCCGCGCCGCGCAACUAAGCCUGUCGAUCAACUCGCACUUAGCAAACGCCGCGUCCGCCGCAGGUGGGGGGAUAUCGAGUUCCCAGCGCAGCGAGAUUGCGCCGAAUGUGAUUACAACGGGGGAGGGGAAUCCGUGCGGGGAAAUCGCGAGCCGGCACGGGGCCUGCGUGGCGCCUUGUCAGCGGCGCACCAAGUCCGGGCAUUGCGUGUCGGAGAUGCUUCGUCUUUACGACGAGGCGUACGCCCCCCUGUGGCCAGCCCGGGUGGACCUGCUGGUGCGCAGCCACGUGUCAGAUGCUUACUUUCUGAUAGAGGUGCUGUUCCGGAGCAUCGAGCAGAUGUGGCCACGUGGCAUUGGUGACGUCAUCCUGGUGCUGGACGAGGGCGAGAGCGUUGUCAGGGACCUCGUGCCGCCCUGGGUCAAGGUGUACUACGAGAAGAACUAUCUGGAUCUGCCGGGGAAGAUUCUCCAGCAGUGGAGCUACCUGUGGGCCGACAACUACACCACCGCACCGUACAUUGCGAUUAUAGACGAUGACGUGGUCUUUAACCUCAAGGUGACGCCCGGUCUCCUGUUCAACCUAACAGACAGCAAGCCGAUUGUAAUAGGAUCGCGCAACGCGCAGCGCAACAACUGGCUGCCGUCCACUCGCUGGCUGGUGGGGCAGCACGCCUACUUCGCUAACUUCAUGGUGCAGCUGCCCUUCGUCUUUCCAAAGGGCGUCCUGCCGAGGUUCAGGGAGCACGUGGGGGUGUUGCAUCGGGACAAGUUCGGGAAGAGCUUCGACAAGGCAUUUAAAUAUUUUGCGGAACGCGGGCCAAAGUUUGAACGAACGCAAAUCGCCCACACGACUCUGGGCAACUACAUGUGGGCCUUCACUCAGGACGAGGUGCACUGGGCAUUAGAAUGGACCGACCACGUACCCAUCCCCCGAGUGGGAGUGCACAUACCGUACUCCUGGACGUUCAGAGAGGUCACCAACCACACCGACAACAUGCCGCGAGUAAUCAAAGCUUACAUAAGUGUUUCCGGGUACUUUGCACACGAAGCUAUCUGCCAUGCCUUCCCUCCUGGGGAGCUGGAUGGGUGCGACGAUGUUAAUUACACCCCACAGCAGCAGAUUUGGCAGUAUGCGUUGAAUUGGUUUGACUGGCCGGCGAUCAAGAAGAAGUGGGAGAAUGGGACGUAUUUGUAUGAUGUUUAUCAGAAAGAGAUGCAUUGCUUGUAUUGGGAGGGUGUGACUGCAGCGGGGGAGAUCGGGGAGGACGGGGAAGGGAACACACAGCGACAGCACACCUCAUCUCACACACACUCAUUAUCACAUGAGAUCAGCCCCGUCGUCGCCAAUCUCACUCUCGUGCUCGCCCCUCCUCCCCGCAGCAGCAAACGCACAGUCCGGUGCAGCAAUUCCCGAGGUCAGAUAGUCCUGCACGCGCCCAUCCAGCAGCCCAUCGCCCCCCUCACUGCUCUUCACAUCUACCGGCUCCCGCAGCAGGCGAGUCAGCAGCCGGUGACGCAGGGACCGCACGGCGCGAGAUGCCUCGCCGCGAAAGGUUUGUCCCAACACACUGUGAAUGCCCUCCGUGUGCUGGUGGGGAAAGGGGGAAGGAAGAGGGGGGGAGGGAAGAAUGCAGAGGAGAGAUUCAUUCACCACAAUGACGGUUGCUUGGCAUGGGGGCGCACCGCGCAUUUCUCGAUUCAGAUCUAA